ACUACCAUGGUUUCCUCUGCUCAGAACCGCCAGACCUUCAUCAAGUCUGUCAUCAAGUUCCUGCGCCAGUACCAGUUUGAUGGUCUGGACCUUGACUGGGAAUACCCUGGCUCCAGGGGCAGCCCAGCCCAGGACAAGGGUCUCUUCACCGUUCUGGAAGCCAAACAGUCCAACAAGCCUCGUCUCAUGGUCACUGCAGCUGUUGCUGCAGGACUUUCCACCAUCCAGGCUGGCUAUGAGAUUGCUGAGAUUGGCAAGUACCUGGACUACAUCCACGUGAUGACCUACGACUUCCACGGCUCCUGGGAGAGGAACACUGGUGAGAACAGCCCUCUGUUCGAAGGUCCUGCUGACACUGGUGACUACAAGUACUUCAAUGUUGAAUAUGCUAUGAAUUACUGGAAGAGCAAUGGUGCCCCAGCUGAGAAGCUCCUUGUUGGAUUCCCCACCUACGGAAAGAGCUUCACCCUGCAGAACCCAUCUGACACUUCUGUUGGAGCACCAGCAUCAGGCCCUGGCCCAGCUGGACCUUACACCAGGGAGGCUGGAACACUGGCUUACUAUGAGAUCUGCAGUCUCCUGAGCUCUGGAGCCACUCAGGCUUGGGAUGAACCCCAGGACGUGCCCUAUGCCUACAAGGGCAGUGAAUGGGUUGGCUAUGACAACAUGAAGAGCUUCAGCAUCAAGGUUGACUGGCUCAAGAAGAAUAACUUUGGCGGUGCCAUGGUUUGGGCUCUGGACAUGGAUGACUUCACUGGCACUUUCUGCAAUGAGGGCAAAUACCCCCUGAUCUCCACCCUGAAGAAGGGCCUUGGUCUGCAGAACGGCGACUGUGUGCCUCCUGCUGAGCCCCUGCCCCCCAUCACUGAGGCUCCCACCACCACCACCACCAGCGGCAGCGGCUCCGGCGGCAGCGGCUUCUGCGCUGGCAAACCCAACGGCAUCUACGCAGACCCCGAGAACAAGAGGAACUUCUACAGCUGCCUCAACGGCCAGAGCUACCUGCAGAGCUGUGAGCAGGGCCUUGUCUUCGACCCUGCCUGCUCCUGCUGCAACUGGCCAUGA